CGGUGCCGAGCGCUCUCCACGCCCUCCGGACCGGCGAUUAGCUCGAGGGACGCCUGACAGGUGCAGUUGCCUCCUCUGUGGCAUCCUUCAGCAUGGGGCUCACCAAGCAGUACCUGCGCUAUGUCGCCAGCGCCGUUUUUGGCCUUAUUGGCAGCCAAAAAGGUAAUAUUGUCUUUGUGACACUUCGCGGUGAAAAAGGACGCUAUGUGGCAGUGCCAGCCUGUGAACAUGUUUUCAUCUGGGACUUAAGGAAAGGAGAGAAGAUCCUUAUCCUUCAGGGACUUAAACAAGAAGUCACUUGCUUGUGCCCCUCCCCAGAUGGGCUGCACUUAGCUGUGGGUUAUGAGGAUGGGUCUAUCCGAAUCUUCAGCCUCCUGAGCGGGGAAGGAACUGUAACCUUCAAUGGACACAAAGCAGCUGUUACUUCCUUGAAGUAUGAUCAGCUCGGAGGGAGAUUGGCAUCUGGGUCCAAGGACACAGAUGUUAUCGUGUGGGAUGUGAUCAAUGAAAGUGGCCUUUACCGUCUGCAGGGGCACAAAGAUGCCGUCACGCAGGCAUUGUUUCUACGAGAAAAGAACCUGUUAGUGACCAGUGGGAAAGACACGAUGGUGAAAUGGUGGGACCUUGACACCCAGCACUGCUUCAAAACAAUGGUUGGCCACCGAACUGAGGUGUGGGGAUUGGUUCUGGUGUCAGAAGAAAAGCGUCUUAUCACCGGGGCUUCUGACAGUGAACUGCGAGCUUGGGACAUAGCCUAUUUGCAAGAGAUGGAAGACCCAGAAGAACCAGAGCCCAAAAGAACUAAAGGGUCGACUUCUGGGAUACAGGACACCCCUGAAGAAGAUGGCACCCCGGAGAUGGAUGAAGCGCCUGAGGAUCGCAUCCUCACAUGCAGGAAAGCUGGCUCUAUCAUGCGGGAAGGAAGGGACAGGGUGGUGAACCUUGCAGUCGACAGGACGGGCAGGAUUCUUGCUUGCCAUGGGACUGAUUCUGUUCUGGAAGUGUUUUGUAUCCUCUCCAAAGAGGAAAUUCAGAAGAAAAUGGAUAAGAAAAUGAAGAAAGCUAAAAAGAAAGCCAAAUUAAAUUCUUCGAAAGGGGAAGAGGAAGAUCUUGAUGUCAAUGUUGAAAUGACUCUGCAAGAUGAAAUUCAGCGGGUGACUAAUAUUAAAACAUCUGCCAAAAUCAAAUCCUUUGACUUGAUUCAUUCGCCUCAAGGAGAUUUAAAGGCUGUCUUCCUGCUGCAGAACAACCUGGUGGAACUGUAUUCACUGACUCCAUCCACGCCUGCUCCUCAGCCUGUCAGGAUGAGCAGGAUCUCCAUUGGGGGUCAUCGCAGUGACGUGCGGACGCUGUCCUUCAGCUCAGACAACAUCGCUGUUCUUUCAGCAGCCGCUGAUUCCGUGAAGAUAUGGAACAGGUCUACACUGCAGUGUAUUCGCACGAUGGCCUGUGAAUACGCACUGUGCUCAUUCUUCGUACCUGGCGACAGGCAGGUGAUCAUCGGAACAAAGACAGGAAAGCUGCAGCUUUAUGACUUGGCUUCGGGAAAUCUGCUGGAGACAGUGAACGCACAUGACGGCGCCGUGUGGGCUAUGUCUCUCUCUCCUGAUCAGCGUGGCUUUGUGUCAGGUGGUGCAGAUAAAUGUGUCAUGUUCUGGGACUUUGAGUUGGUAAAAGAUGAAAAUAGUACCCAGAAGAGACUCUCAGUGAAGCAAACCAGAACCUUGCAACUGGAUGAAGAUGUUCUGUGUGUCAAUUACUCUCCCAAUCAAAAGCUGCUGGCUGUGUCCUUGCUGGACUGCACUGUGAAAAUUUUCUAUGUUGACACGCUGAAGUUUUUUCUCUCACUGUAUGGACACAAACUGCCUGUGAUAUGCAUGGACAUCUCUUAUGAUGGAACACUGAUAGCCACUGGCUCUGCUGACCGGAAUGUGAAGAUUUGGGGGUUGGAUUUUGGGGACUGCCACAAGUCUCUCUUUGCACACGAUGACAGUGUGAUGUACCUAAAGUUUGUACCCAAAUCUCACCUCUUCUUCACUGCUGGGAAAGACCACAAGAUUAAGCAGUGGGAUGCGGACAAAUUUGAACACAUACAAACGCUAGAGGGGCACCAUCAAGAAAUAUGGUGCUUGGCUAUAAGCCCCAGCGGAGACUAUGUCGUAUCAUCGUCCCACGACAAAUCUCUGAGACUUUGGGAGAGAACGAGGGAACCUCUUAUCCUUGAAGAUGAAAGGGAAAUGGAAAGGGAAGCCGAAUAUGAAGAGAGCGUGGCCAAAGAAGACCAGCCAGUAGUCCCAGGGGAGACUCAAGGUGACAAUUACUUUACUGGAAAGAAAACUAUUGAGACCGUCAAAGCAGCUGAGAGGAUCAUGGAAGCGAUUGAGCUAUACCGAGCAGAAACUGCAAAAAUGAAAGAACACAAAGCUAUUUGUAAAGCUGCAGGAAAAGAGGUUUCUCUUCCCAUCCACCCUAUCCUGAUGGCUCAUGGCAAUAUCUCUCCUGCAGCUUACGUGUUGGAGAUUUUGAAAGGAGUCAAGUCAAGUGAGCUGGAGGAAUCGCUCCUCGUGCUGCCUUUCUCUUACGUCCCUGACGUCCUCACGCUGUUGAAUGAAUUCAUCCAGCAGGGCACUGACAUUGAACUCCUGUGUCGGUGCCUCUUCUUUCUCCUCAGGAUUCACUUUGGGCAGAUCACCAGCAACCAAAUGCUUGUUCCAGUGAUUGAAAAAUUAAGGGAAACUACUAUUUCACAAGUCAGACAAGUCCGGGACGUCAUUGGCUUCAACAUGGCAGGUCUUGAUUAUCUCAAGAGGGAAUUGGAGGCAAAAAGUGAAGUGAUGUUUUUUGCUGAUGCUACCAGCCAGCUGGAGGAGAAGAAGAGGAAGAGGAGAAAGCGGGAGAAGCUGAUUUUAACGGUGACUUAGGACAGAAAUGUGGAACCUUUUUCUACUGGUUCUCUUAGAGGACUUGCAAGUGGGCCACGGGAGAGCUGGUGUCAUCGGAAAUAAACACGAGACAGGCCGUCGCGUUGCAGAAGACGUCAGGUUUGGGGUCCAGCUUUGCCUGUGGGAAUUCCCUUGUGGGACUGCAGCUCUGUUUCUUGAACUUAAGCGUCUGACUUGUUGAAAGGUUUGUUUAAAGGCUCUUAAUAUUGAGCUGUCUCCUGUCCCUUCUAGCAGGGAGCAAAGAAUCUUUUUUUCUAACUAGGUAUUUAUUCACUGGAGUUGUACUUAACAUUUCAAAUUUUUUCUUAUUUUUUUAUGGCAGUAAAUGUGUUGGGUGACUUGUUACCUGUUAGAUUUUACCCCCUACUAUAACAGCCGAAUGCAUAACUGAUCAUCGUCUGCCCAUAAAUGCAGAGUCAUGGACUUACAGAGCUGAAAUGCACCAGAAAAAUGAUCUGGAACAGCCUUAGACUUUACCUCCUGCAGGUUGUUUUACCUGUAUAUAAGAAUACCAUAAUUGCAAACUUCAUUCUUCUCUAAAACAGUUGUUUCUAAUUAAAGAGUAUUCAAGCUGCGAUUCUGGGUGAAUGCACUGUACACACACACGCAUGCACACAGAUGUGGAAGGAAUUUGGGGAGGUGGAAUGUUUUAGGAAAAGAAAUUGACACCUACGUUGGGCCUGGUCUUGCUUUUAUUAAAAAACUUGGGACGUUUUUAAAUCCCUAAUUCAACCAUCUAGUUACAGUUCUAUUGAGACUUUCUAUUCUAGAGUCAGCUUCAGCAUUUUGUGUUUACGAAUUUGUCCAUUUCAUGUCAGUGACUGUGUUGUACCAUUUUCUUCUCAGUCUGCAAAGAGCUUUGGUCCUUGUGGCGUGGCUCUCUGUCCCAAACCACGAGUCUGUUUGUUCCUUAAGCAAACAGUCCCUGAAGUGACGUCAGGAAUAUGUUAGUGUCAUAUGUUGGACAGAAUGAGAGGGGAGGGACUUUCGGCCUAGCCUGAGAGAAUAGGAUGCCAUUCUAGGCGCCUUCCAGUCUGAAGAAUCAACUUUUUCUUCAGGAGGCUGCUCCUGCUACCAGGGAAAGGAACUGUUCCAUUCUGGAAAGCCAUCUUAAUUUCUGAGGAGAACAAAAGGCUGAACCUGUUGGUGUUUUUCUACAGUUGUUCGUCAGAACAUAAAGAAGUCGCAGCCUUUCCCAUUAACAUUUUGGAUGGUUGCAAACCCUAACAAGUUCCGGGGGGCACUUAGAUGUACAUGUCAUCAAGUACUGCUCUUGCUACACUAAUCAGAGAGAAGGGGGACUUGUGGGAAAAGGAGUAAUGUGUAUGAUUAGUAGCUGAAUUGUCAUUCUUGUCAGAAAACUUAAAAUACCUUAAUCCUAGCGGUUUGAGGUUAACAAAUCAAUUAAAAAUUACCAGGCCAAGCAAAUUUCUGGUUAUUAAGACAGCACUUAUUGGCUUAGUCAGCUACUGGCUACCUAUGAUACUUAGUACAAAAACUAUUUAAUGAAAAACUAUCUCUACAAAUGAAGCGUGGUACUGAUAGAAGCAGGCGGUGCCACGAAAGCUCCUGCAUGGUUUAUUUGUAGUAAAACAUCUAAGUGUAUGAAAACAUAAAUAUGGA